AUGGUGGAGACCUGCGAGCGCACAAGCGUGCCCAGCCCGCGCUGCGGGCUGCGAGUGCCUGAGGCAACCCCUAAUCGGGGAAAACCAACUCCAGCCGCUCUCUGCCCGCCACCGUCCCAGCCCCCCAGCCUGGAGUCAGGAGAUGGGGGCGGGCAACAGGGCCUCACCGGUCCCGAGGACAGACCGAGAGUCGCCCCCGAGCGCAUGGACUCCCGGAAGGGAAGGGCGCGCGCAGCCUCGGCGCUGGCGUCCCUCCGCGCGCCGGGCACGGCGUCCUUCCACCUGACCUCCCUGGGAGGCGGCGCCGGGAACCUGGCGGCCCAGCUUACAGACAGAAACCACCGCUUCUCCUCGUCCGGAGAGGCCUGGGACGCUGUGAGAGAGAGCGGGAUCGGGGCCGCUUGCUUUUCUCGCCAUCUCCGCCUCACCUCCGUAACUGCGCCCUCGAUAAUUCUAAAUGCCAGACGUUCGGCUUGGAAAGCUGCCAGCCUGAGUCUGCAGGGCGUGGCUGGCGUCCGCGCCGUCAGCGGCCGGGAGGGUCGGCCUUUGCAGCGAGUGGCCCUCGUGGGACGCCUGAAGAGAGCGAGGAAGCGCUGGUUUUUGACAUCAGAUGCUUUUUGCUUAAAAGAAGAAAUGGGCCCCCGGGAGCUCACCCGGCGACUGGCCACAGUGAUCACGCAUGUCGAUGAAAUUAUGCAGCAGGAAAUCAGGCCCUUGUUGGCAGUGGACAUAAUAGAACAACUUCACAGUCAAUUUGCCAUUCUUUCAGGAGGCCAAGGGAAAGAUGGUGCCCCCAUCAUCACUUUUCCAGAGUUUGCGGGGUUCAAACACAUCUCAGAUGAGGACUUCCUGAAUGUCAUGACCUACCUGACUAGUGUCCCCAGCAUGAAGGCCGCCAGCAUCGGGUUCAUCAUUGUGAUCGACAGACGAAGGGACAAGUGGAGCUCCGUAAAGGCAUCCUUGACACGAAUAGCUGUGGCAUUUCCAGGAAACUUGCAGCUUGUUUUCAUCCUUCGUCCGUCUCACUUCAUCCAGAGGACUUUCACUGACAUUGGCAUUAAAUACUAUCGGGAUGAAUUUAAAAUGAAAGUGCCGAUCAUCCUGCUAAAUUCUGCCUCUGACCUUCACGGCUACAUUGAUAAAAGCCAGCUCACACAGGAGCUAGGGGGAACUCUGGAAUAUCGCCACAGUCAGUGGAUAAAUCAUCGAACUGCCAUCGAAAACUUUGCCUUGACAAUAAAGACCACUGCCCAGAUGCUCCAGAUGUUUGGGGCCUGCCUUGCCGAGACAGAGCUGCCCAGAGCCGUGCAGUCCACUGAAGACCUUCUCAUGGCCCACACAAGGCAGCGGGACAAGCUGAAGGAUGAGCUAAAGUUACUUAGAAAGCAAGGUGCCACAUUGCUGUCAUGCAUCCAAAAACCAGCAACCAAAAAUCCCUCCAGCAAACUCAAUCCCAAUGAACUUGAGAACAUAGCUACUACAGGAAGGUUAAUAGUGCAGCUGGAUGAAGCAGAAAAAGCAUUCAGUCAGUUUUGGUCUGAGCAUCACCUGAAGCUUAGUCAGUGCCUACAGCUACGACGCUUCGAGCACACUUUUCGUGAGGUUAAACUUGCUCUGGAUCAUCUGCUGGAAGAGCAAGCAGAGUUUGCGGAUAUUGGAGACAGCGUGAUGCAUGUGGAACAACUUCUAAAGGAACAUAAAAAGCUGGAGGAAAAAGGCCAGGAGCGCUUGGAAAAGGCCCAUCUGCUUGCACUCAUCGGGGACCAACUCAUCCAAAGCCAUCACCCCGCAGUGGACACCAUCAGACCCAAGUGUGUGGAGCUCAGACACCUCUGUGAUGACUUCAUCAAUGAAAACAAGAAAAGGAACGACAUCUUAAGGAAGUCUUUGGAACUGCAUAGACAGCUGGACAAGGUCAGCCAGUGGUGUGAGGCGGGAAUCUACCUCUUGGCUUCCCAAGCCGUGGACAAGUGCCAGUCACGAGAAGGGGUUGACAGUGCCUUGAACGACAUCGAGACAUUCCUGGGCACAGCCGAGGAGUACCAGUUGCCCAGUCCCAAGGAGUUUUACAACCAGUUUGAGUUGAUACUCACCCUUGACAUAAAGGCCAAGGCCCAGAAAGUUCUGCAGAAGCUGGAUGAUGUGCAGCAGAUAUUUGACAAAAGGCAAGUGAGCCUGAAGAAACUGGCAGCUAAACAGACUCGCCCAGUACAACCUGUGGCCCCCCAUCCUGAGUCCUCCCCAAAAUGGGUGUCACCAAAAACCAGCCAAGUCUCUGUUCUCUCCAUCCCUCUAGCUCCUCCUCGGAAAGUAUCCAAGGAAUCUCGUAUGGAGACAGAUUUGAACUUCCUGGGAAGGGAAGGUGAUGAGACUAAAUUUGAAGCUAAGAAUGAACAAGUGGUUGAAAGUCGUCCAGAUUUGGAGAACCCUGAAUUGGAACAGCUUGACGGUCUUCAAAAUCUUUCCCCCAGCAGGCGCAUUAUACGGGACUUGCUUGAGACUGAAGAAAUUUACAUAAAAGAAAUAAAGAGCAUAAUUGAUGGAUAUAUCGUGCCAAUGGAUUUUAUUUGGCUGAAGCAUCUGAUUCCAGAUGUUCUUCAAAACAACAAGGACUUCCUCUUUGGGAAUAUUAGAGAAAUUUAUGAAUUUCACAACAGGACUUUCCUAAAAGAAUUGGAAAAGUGCACUGAAAAUCCUCAACUUCUGGCACGUUGCUUUCUCAACAGGAAAGAAGAUUUUCAAAUAUAUUUUAAAUACCACAAGAACCUGCCCCAAGCUAACAGCAUCUGGCAAGAGUGUCAAGACUGCGCCUACUUUGGGGUAUGCCAGCGCCAGUUGGAUCACCAUCUCCCUCUUUUUAAGUAUCUGAGAGGACCAAGCCAGAGGCUUCUGAAAUACCAGAUGUUGCUGAAGGGUCUGCUGGAUUUCGAGUUUCCUGAGGAUUUGGAGAUAGACCCAGGUGAAUUAGAAGGAGGUUCGGCCAAGGACAGGCCAAAGAGGACCAAGGAUUCCGCAUUCUCAGCCGAGCUACAACAAGCUUUGGUCAUAAUGGAGGAUUUGAUCAAGUCUUGUGAGUUGGCCGUGGACCUGGCAGCUGUCACUGGAUGUCCGGACGAUGUAGGGAAACUCGGCAAGCUGUUGAUGCACGGCCCUUUCAGCGUCUGGACGGUUCACAAAGACCGUUCUAAGAUGAAGGAUUUUAUGCGAUUUAAGCCCAGCCAGAGGCAAAUCUAUCUGUUUGAAAAGGGAAUCAUGUUCUGUAAGAUACGAGUGGAACCCAGUGACCAGGGGCUAUCUCCUCGUUACAGCUUUAAGAAGUCUAUGAAGUUGACGACACUUUCAAUUCACCAAGUUGGAAGGGGGAGCAGCAAAAAGUUUGAAAUUGCCAGUCGAAAUGGACUUGAGAAGUACAUCCUGCAGGCAGCUUCAAAAGAAAUCAGAGACUGUUGGUUUUCAGAAAUAAGUAAAUUACUGAUGGAACAACAAAACAAUAUUAAAGGCCAAGGGAACUGACAGUUUGAAGCAAGUACGUGCAAAGACAGUGGAGUAGAAUUUGUAUCUUGGAUUGAAAAUAUGGAAAGAGCUGCCAGCAGCAAGGAGGACCUAGACGUCAGCACCUGUGGGAUCAAAGGCAGCUCCAGCAGGAAGCCUGUCUCCACGGAAACCUCUGAAGAGUGUGAAGGUGCAGGAGGCCUGGAGAAGGAGAGCAGCGCUCUGAGUCUCUCGGGACUUUUCCAGCUGGAUGACAGUUAUGAAACCUGUUCCUCCAAAUCUGUUCCGGAGAAGGGCGAAAGUACCCAAAGAGAAAAAGAAGAGCGUGAGGAGGCAGAAACGUGA